AUGAUGUGCGAGGUGAUGCCCACCAUCUCUGAGGAUGGGCGGGGGGGCGGGGGCGGCUCGUCCUCUCCCGGCGGGGGGACGGGGGGGGGGUUCGGGAGCAGGGAGGGCCGUGGGGGAGACGAGGGGGGCAGCACGGGGAACCUGGAGUCCCUGAUGGUGAACAUGCUGACGGAGAGAGAGCGUCUGCUGGAGAGCCUGAGGGAGACACAGGACUGCCUGGGCACGGCCCAGCUGCGUCUGAGGGACCUGGGCCACGAGAAGGACUCCCUGCAGAGGCAGCUGACCAUCGCUCUGCCACAGGAGUUUGCGGUCUUGACCAAAGAGCUGAACGUGUGCAGAGAGCAGCUGCUGGAGAGAGAGGAGGAGAUCGGUGAACUGAAGGCAGAGCGCAGCAACACUCGGGUGUGA